CCCACAACUCGGAGAAAGCUGAGAGACUGAGCGCUGAGGGAGCCGUCUAGUUCUGUCCCGUUGUUUCGACUCUAAAUCGGAGCUCUCUUCCCCUUUCCGUCAACUUCUAUGCUUGCUUCUCGCCAAUGGCCCUUGUUAAACCAAACACUGAAGGAUGCAUAAAAUGAAUGCUCAUUAGCAUAUAAUGCUUUGAUGGACGACUCUAGUAAUAAAGCUGGAUCAUGCUGCCAGGUUGGUGACCGAUCGACCAGUGACGUUGUUGUGCGGCUUAGAACAAAAGAUGGUCGAGAUGAAUGGUUAUAUUGCCACUCCCAUAUCCUAACCGAACAGAGCAAGUAUUUUGCUGAUCGACUUUCUGAGAAAUGGCCAACAUGUCAGAUUCUUGACUCACGAAACUGUGUCGAGGUCUUCUGUCUAGAAUCAACCUUUGAUUACCACGUAAAUCUUCUGCGCCUUCUCUACGUCAUUACGGAUAUCCCAACAGAUGACUUAUGGAAUGAUGUUCGAACUGUUCUUGGCAUCCUCCGUGUGGCUUUUGAUCUUGAGUGCAAAAACAUUAUUAGUGCUUGCGUGAAUUACUUGGAAGCGGUACCAUGGGAGGAGGAUGAAGAGGAGGAAAUUUUGAAGGUGAUACCUCACAUGGGAUCAGAAGUUGAGCCAAUUCUUGCUCGUCUUCAACCAGUCAAUUCAUCUCUCAUUAGACAGAUAUUUCUUUCGGCUCUUCGAGUGGCUACAUUGUCCCCCUUUUCUAACAUAAACGAUCUCAAGCCUUCGGCCCAGGAACAGCUCGAGUACAUGCUAGUUGAAGAUGAUGAUGCUCCACUAUUGAUGGCUGAUGCUGAAAUAAAAUUAGAGGUAAACGAAUGUGUGAAGAGCCUAUUAAAAACUUUUAACAGUCUUUUAGAAAUAGUACUUGAUCCUGUACACUCAGAUGGGAAGGAAAGGAACAUGCAAGUUUUAGUUUUUUGUUUGACAGAUUUAGCUUGGAUGUGCCGUAUUCUAAAAAGGUUAGAAACUAUGAAGGAGUUGGUCUCUAAUUGGAUUGAUGCAUCGAAUAAGAUAGUCAAGGUUGUUGAGCAAGCGAGUGUAGCAUCAGAAAUUAUUGACACAAGGGUAGGGAUUGUUGAAGUGUUAGCAAAGGUUUUAGAGGCAAUUAAACACGGCUCAGUGAUCCUCCCAACUUCAAAACGGCUUCACAUGGUUAAGGUUUGGCUUCCUUUCGUAAGAACAACCAAAUCCUUGAUAGAUAGUCUUGCUAACAAUGGCGCUGAUGACCCGAAACUCAAGAUCGACAGUGACGUUUGGGAGUUGCUAGAAUCGGCAUUUGUUUCGAUCAUCCUUGCAUUGCCAUCAGGGGAGCAAGCAGAGAUUAUAACCGAAUGGUUACAGAAUCAACACGUUAUCCGUUAUCCUGAUCUAACCGAGGCAUUCGAAGUGUGGUGUUACAGGUCGAAAGUGGCGAAAAGGAGGCUAUCCUUGGUGGGGGAUAACCCUGGCACAACAGGUACAAGCUUCCAGCCCUCGGCUUGAACUUGAAUGGUUUUGUAAUUGUAUUAUGAAUUAUCAUCCUUUAACCUACAAUUGCUAGAGCAUGGGUUAGAAGCAUUAUUUUGUGGAGGUUUCUGGCUUAGCCUCCCCUUUUGUUUCUUUGUAAAAUCUUAGUCUUAGCUGAUGCAAAUAGUAAGUUGAAGAAGUCAACUAGCUUUAUGUGUAUUUAUUGUGUAGCUCUCAUUGGAAAGGUACAAUUCUAUAUUGUAGUUUGGCUGCA